UUGAAAACUUUAUUUCAGAACCUCCUGCUGCAGAAGAGAGAGAGAGAGAGAGAGAGAGAGAGAGAGAGAGAGAGAGAGAGGGAGAGAGAGAGAGAGAGAGAAAGAGAGAGAGAGAGAGAGAGAGAGAGAGAGAGAGAAGCAACCCACUUCGGGCUGAUUGUGGAUUAGAUGCAUGUCAAUGAUUCGGAGGCUUUUUUAGGCUGAGACGAGGACCCGAAAGGAUUUACUGAGGAAUAAACCAACUAAAAGAAGCGACAAAACUUUCCUCCAUCAUCAUGCCGAGGUACAACUUCUUCCCGUGCUUACUGGCGCUCAUCUUCCUGGGACUGUCAGGGAGCGACGAGCCCAAUCUGCUGCUGCCUCCUGCCAGCGAGCCGCCCACGGACGCGGGGCUGUCUCUGCUGGACGAGGGCGCCGGCUCCCACGAGUGCUCCGCCUGCGUUUGGAGGGAGCAAAGCAAGGUGCUGCGGCUGGAGACCAUCAAGUCCCAGAUCCUGAGCAAGCUGCGCCUGAAGCAGGCGCCCAACAUCAGCCGGGAGGUGGUCAACCAGCUGCUGCCCAAGGCGCCCCCGCUCCAGCAGCUCCUGGACCACCACGACUUCCAGGGAGACGCGUCGGCCCAGGACGAGUUCAUGGAGGAGGACGAGUACCACGCAACCACGGAGUCCGUGAUCACCAUGGCCUCGGAGCCGGAGCCCCUGGUGCAGGUGAACGGGAAGCCCAGCUGCUGCUUCUUCAAGUUCAGCCCUAAGCUGAUGUUCACCAAGGUGCUGAAGGCUCAGCUGUGGGUGUAUCUCCGGCCGCUGCAGCAGACCUCCACCGUCUACUUGCAGAUCCUGAGACUGAAGCCCGUCACGGAGCAGGGCAGCCGCCACAUCCGCAUCCGCUCCCUGAAGAUAGAGCUCAACUCCAGGGCCGGCCACUGGCAGAGCAUUGACUUCAAGCAUGUGCUGCAGAACUGGUUCAAGCAGCCCCACACCAACUGGGGAAUCGACAUCAACGCCUUUGACGAGAGCGGCAAUGACCUGGCAGUUACCUCGCUGCGACCCGGGGAGGAGGGGCUGCAGCCGUUCCUGGAGGUGAAGGUCCUUGAGACCACCAAGCGUUCUCGGAGGAACCUCGGGUUGGACUGUGACGAGCACUCCACCGAGUCUCGCUGCUGCCGCUACCCUCUGACCGUGGACUUCGAGGCGUUCGGCUGGGAUUGGAUCAUUGCCCCCAAGCGUUACAAAGCCAACUACUGCUCCGGCCAGUGUGAGUACAUGUUCAUGCAGAAGUAUCCGCACACCCACCUGGUGCAGCACGCCAACCCGCGCGGCUCCGCGGGGCCCUGCUGCACCCCGACCAAGAUGUCCCCGAUUAACAUGCUUUACUUCAAUGACAAGCAGCAAAUCAUUCACGGCAAGAUCCCGGGGAUGGUGGUGGAUCGAUGUGGGUGCUCUUAGGCUGCAGAAGGAGAUACACACACUUAAGUUCAGCCCUCAUUAAACCACCCAAAACCCCUAUGGAUCUCUCCGCUCGGCACCAGAUUUCACUUUUGCUCUGCCACAGAAACAACCUGCUGGGUUUCCAUGUUAUCCAGUAAUUAAUUUGAUUCUAACUGUAUAAAAAAAAUUAUAAAUGAAAACAAGAAUCAAAAAAAAGAACUGCAGAUGGAAAUACAGUAUAUUAUGAAUGAUUUGGGUCUGCUUGUGGGGCAGCCUCAGAGAACGGUGAGACAAAAUUAUGUCAUAGAGUACAUGUUAGUUUUGUGACUUUUUUUAUGGCAUCUUUGUGAAGUGUCCAGGUUAGUGGAAUGUGUUGACAGGUGACAUGAGUAUAUUUCAUUAAGCAACUUUUAGGGGCCGUUCCAAUAUAUUUAAUUUUCAGCUACACAUUUACAUUCAGAAAAUAUUUUUAUCCAUUUAAAUGUUUUCAGAGAAAAGGGGGCAGGAACAUAAUCAUUUUGCAAUUCAUAAAUUUUUACAACAACUCAGUAGCCACAUUAAU